ACAACAAAACUCAACCAAGAAGACAGGCCCUUCUGGAUUCAACGAUCCCAAAUCGACCUCGAUCCCCGCUGCAAUGUCAUGGUUAGCUCGAUCCAUUGCCAACUCUCUAAGACUCGACGACGACGACGAUCACCACAACGACGGUGACAAUGGCGAUAACAGCCCUAACACCAUCAAUGCUAAGGACGACCAAGAUCAUCAAUCCGAUCCACCUUCAGGCGUCAAAGAAGACCUUUCCGAGAUCACCAAAACCCUAACUCGCCAGUUAUGGGGAGUCGCGUCGUUCCUCGCUCCGCCACCUGACUCCGAAUCCUCUCCGCGAGCCGAAUCCCGACCCUCUCCGUCGCCACAGGCAUCCGAUUCGAGUCCUCGUGAGGCCAAGGGAGCGGAGGCGUUCGAUGCGGAAGGGGAAGCCUUCGAUGCCGCGGGGAUCGCCGGUUUACGCAGCGACUUUGCGGAGAUCGGGGGAAAGUUCAGGAGCGGGAUUUUCAAGCUGUCUAAUUACAAGGCAGUGUCCGAGUUUACGAAGAUUGCAUCAAAUUUACUGCAAUUGGGACCGGAGCAGGAGAAUUAUGGCUCGGCGGGAGUUGCGGUUGGUGUUACUGAUGAAGUGGUGGCCUUCGUGAGGGAUAUUGCGAUGCAUCCUGAGACAUGGUUGGAUUUUCCUCUACCCGAAGACGACAGCGACGAUGAUGACUUUGACAUGUCUGAUGCCCAACAAGAGCAUGCUUUGGCUGUUGAACACCUUGCACCAAGAUUGGCUGCUCUUAGGAUUGAACUGUGCCCUGGCUAUAUGAGUGAGAGCUUCUUUUGGAAGAUCUAUUUUGUACUACUGCACCCUAGACUCAAUAAACAUGAUGCUGAACUUCUGUCAACACCCCAGAUUGUGAAAGCUAGAGCAUUGUUGACACAGGAGUUGCAGAAGAAAACUAAAGCAAAGCCCGAAGAAAACUGGUCUAGAAUGGACAUGCCCCAUUUAAAUGACAUCCCUAAUGUACCACAUGAGAAAAGCAAUUCCGUUCCUUCCAGUGCUCAAUCUGAAUCUGUGCUCCUUGAGACGUCUGCCAUUGAACCAGCAACUAAUGUGGUGGAUGCAGAGUUUGAGACAGAGAAGCACCCAGUUCAGAGUGCUGAAAUUCCAAUUAUUGACAAAUCUGUCAUUGAGGAAAGGCCAGUAAACUGGGCCAAAGAAGAAAAUAUUCCUUCUGAUUCUUCUUCUAGAGUGAUGGAAAUAAAAUAUGAAGAUGAUGUAGAUGAUUGGUUGAAGGAAGAAUCGGCAGAGAUUGUUGGCACUGGUGGAACUUCGAUCCCUAUUGAGAAUGAAGAGGAUGUAUCAUUCAGUGAUCUUGAGGAAGAUGAUGAGGAUGCUCCAGCAAGUUAUAAGAAAGUAACAUAUGGCUCAGAUUCUUCUACGAAAGAGUCACGAGACUGGGUUCAGUUGAGCAGAAGCUCUUCUGACCCGUCUAAAGAUAUCAGUGCUGUUAGUGUUGAUCGGACCCGAUCUGAGCAGGUAAAUGCCAAUAAUCCCGAGACAAAAGAAUCUAAUGACUGGCUUGAUAUCGAUGAGAUUGAUGUGGAAUAAUGCCAUGCCAGUUGAAAGCUGUCUGAAUCAUGCCUUAUAAACUAUUUGUCUACCUAAUGUUGUGAAUAGAUCUUGUACCGUUUCUUCAGGAUCCUUUUUAAACCCAGAAAGUAUCAUGUAUUUGUAUAUAAACCUGAUCUCACAAAACUGCAUGUUUGUUCAUGAAAAAUUGUAAUUGCAUGUUGGUGUGUAAUAAUCCAUGUUUCAUUGACUUCAAUUCAGUUACUCAUCUCCAGUAUGAAUGUAUGAUGUUAAGAGGCUCUGCUUCCACUUGUGGAGCUAUUCCGUA